UUUCAUAAGUAUUUCAAUUGCCUUCACAGAUUAUAAAUUAUUCGUAGAUCAAAAUGACUAAAAAGAUAGUUACUGCACAUGAUAUUUUUAUGUUUGUACCCAAUCUGAUUGGCUAUGGGAGAAUCGUGCUUGCUAUAGUAGCAUUCUACUUUAUCAAAACAAAUUAUAUUAUUGCUGCCGCGUGUUAUAUUCUCAGUGGAUUCCUAGAUGCAUUUGAUGGUCAUGCAGCUCGUCUUCUUAAUCAAGGAACAAAGUUUGGUGCAAUGUUGGAUCAGUUGACAGACCGUGCGGCCACAGCUUGUUUAUGUGUGGCACUUGCUACAUUUUACCCUCAAUAUAUGUUCUGGUUUCAAAUGAGCUUAGCACUUGAUAUUGUAAGCCAUUGGAUGCACUUGCAUGUUUCUCAGCUUGGAGGAACAAGUCACAAAAGCAUUGGUUUAGAGGGGAACCCGAUCAUGCGGCUGUACUACACAUCCCGGCCUGUAUUGUUUGUAAUGUGCAGUGGAAAUGAAUUAUUCUUUGCCAUGCUGUAUCUCUUGCAUUUCACUGAAGGCCCGUUGAUAGAAUUCGCUGGAUUGAAUCUCGGUCUUGUCCGAUUGGUUCUUUACCUCAGUACACCUAUUAUGAUCGGAAAAGCAGUGAUCAGUUUGAUACAUUUGGUUGAUGCUUCGCGACGACUUGCAGAAGUGGAUGCUGAAGAACGAUCCAAAGCUGAAUAGUUCGAAAUAAAUUUGCUUAGUCUGGUUUACUGUGUUGAAAUCUUCAAUGUAUAAGAGUGCAAUAUUGAUUGAAAAAUUUGCGUUCAGGCAAUUUGAAAUUGGUUAAUUCGGAGAUGGACUGACAUGAUGUGUUGGAGCUAAAAAGCAAUUUUAGUAAAAAAUUUCUGUCAAUCGAAUCUGUAUUUUUAAGUAUGAUUUUAUUAUAGUCGCUAUAUUGCCUCUGAAAUUUGUUAUAUCAUUGCACAAUGGAUAAUGGAUCCCUGUUUUUUAUUCUGCUAUUUAUUUAGAUGAUUGGUGGUUAUAAACUGAUUCAUUAUACAGCAAAAUGAUUCAUAAUAAUUAAAAAUAAUUUGUAAAUUUAACUUAUUAAAUUAACAUUUCAACUGAUUUAAAUUAACACUAUAAUUGGUUUAUAUAUAUAUUGAGAUCUUCAGAUAUAAAAGUAGGCACUGUGCGAAUAACUGAUUGAAACAAGAACAUGUUUUAGUUUUUUUCAAACUAGAAUGAAUAUUUCUGGUAUAAUAUUUUGUUUGAAUUUGAACAUUAUAGAAUCUUCCAUAAUAUUUUGUAAUUUAAAUCUAAAAAACUUCCAUUUACCUGAGCAAAAUAUUUUGCAUAAAGUUUUAAUAUUUGCACCUUCGUGGUAGGUAUUGUUAUAAUAUACAUCUGCUUUGUAUUCUUCGUGCAGGAAGUCUUCGUUUAUUCUACUCCUGCACAUUACUAUUCAACUAUGCUAUCAUAAUAAAUACUGACACGAUAGCGGGCUGUAAAGUUGUAUUAUACGUGUAUCUGUUUGUGUUUAUUUUUUUAUGUUGUUUCUUAAUCAUGUAAAAAAUAGGACAAAAUAAAUAAUUUUAUAUGGUAUUUGAAAUACAAAUUACGUGCAUAGAUUGCAAAAACUGAAAAAUUUGAAUGUUUUGGAGUUUUUGAAUAUUUUUGAUAAAAGUGCAUAAUUUAUGCGUAUUCAAAUAUUUGAUUUCAUUUGGACAUCUCCAGGUACUUUUAUUUAGAAGAUAUAUAUAUUUUAAGAUUCAAAUAUUUUUCCUCAAAUUUUUUGACAUAUGGCGAAAUAACUUAUUUUAGAAAAUGUGAUAGAUUUCAGUUCCAGAAGCCUUGUUUCGAACAAACACUGAAAUAUUCUAGUCUACCUUUUUGUAACCUUUGUUUCAACAUACUGUAAUUUCUUCAUUUUUGCUAUAUUUAUUAUUAUUCUUUAUGUUCGAGCAGUUGUUUAACUUUUGUAGGUCAGAUUGGUCCUAUUCCUAUUAUGUAGAUGGGAGGGCACUAGGGCAGACAGCUCUUUUUAGGUAAAAAAUUCAAAACUUGAAAAAGAAAAUUGUAAUUUUUUCCAUAAUUAUGUUUAAUUUGUUUUACUUUAUGUAUGCAAAUAUCAAG